CCAGUAAACAUAAAUGAAAACACAAAAUUUAAUAAAAGAAAAAGGAAAGUAAACCCCGCAUCCUCCUCUCUCACUCCCCUCUGUGCCACCCACCACCUCCACUGAGACCCUAACCGUUACCGUCAAAUUCACCAGCCUCAGCCGACCCCACCCUUACCUCCUCCUCCUCUCUCUCUCUCUGGCUCUCUCAUUCAUUUUCUCUCUCUAUCUCCGCCCAAACACCCCAACCCAAAUCUACCUCUGCUAAACCCACUCUCUCAGCUCUCUCAUUCGAUCCCAAAACCCAAAUACCGUCAAAAACCCAAACGCCCAGACCCGGAUCAUCAUCUCUCUUGAAACAAGGUUGCGUAAAAUUGGAGGCAGAGAGGUUUUGCUGCCGCAUUGUAGCUUAAGCUAAUCUUCAGACAUGUCACAGGCAGAUAUUAGGAAGUGGUUUAUGAAGUCGCAUGACAAGGGCAAUGGCAAGAAACCUGCGCCGACUACUUCUCAGACUCCUUCUACAGCCAAGGAAGAGCCUAAAGAACCAGUGCAUGGAGGUCAAGAGAAUUCAGGCAGGAGGAAAACUAGCAAGUAUUUUACCACAGAUAAGCCAAAAGAUGAAAAAGAAACUGAAGUUCCAGCCAAAAGAAAGACUCACAAGGAGCCUGAUGAAUCCGUGAAACCCUCACCUGCAAAAAAAGUUCACAAAGUUGUCGAUGACGACGAUGAUUUUGUCUUACCUCAUUUGAAGAAGAACUCAGUUGAUGCAACUCCUAGAAAGAAAUUGAAGAGUGCAUCUGGCAUGGGAGUCGCACAGAAACUUACGGCUAUUGAUGAAGGUGGUGAUGAUGACGUCAAGGAUGCUGAAUCUCAUUGCAAGCCUGGUGGUAGGGGUCGUGGUGGAAGAGGUACUUCCGCAGGACCAGCUGGUGGAAGAGGCAGGGGUGCUGGACGAGGUGGAUUUAUGAAUUUCGGAGAUAGAAAAGAUCCUCCACACAAAGGAGAAAAGGAAGUUCCUGAAGGUGCUCCAGACUGUUUAGCUGGUUUAACUUUUGUAAUUAGUGGUACACUUGACAGUUUGGAAAGAGAGGAAGCAGAGGAUUUGAUAAAACGUCAUGGCGGUCGUAUUACUGGAUCUGUCAGCAAGAAAACGAACUAUCUUUUAUGUGAUGAAGAUAUUGAGGGAAGGAAAUCCUCUAAAGCCAAAGAACUUGGUACUGCUUUUCUCACCGAGGAUGGACUGUUUGAUAUUAUUCGGGCAUCUACCCGUGCUAAAGUACCUGUGCAAGAGGCAAAGAAAUCUGUGGAUGAUGCGGCAGCAGCAUCUUUGCCCAAGAAAAGUCCUAAUAAAGUAGCAUCAAAGAAAGAUUGUGCUGGAAGCUCCUUGGCAUCAAGUGUAUCCCACAAACAAUUGGAGUCAGAUGCUUCCCAUGCUAGGCGUAAGAAGCAAACUACCGAGCAUUCCGCCUCUACUUGGACAGAAAAGUAUAGGCCAAAGGUUCCAAAUGACAUUAUCGGGAAUCAGUCACUGGUAAAGCAGCUUCAUGAUUGGUUGGCACAUUGGCAUGAGCAAUUUCUUGAUACUGGAAAUAAGAAAAAAGGCAAAAACCCAACCAAUUCUGGUGCCAAAAAGGCUGUACUAUUAAGUGGAACGCCUGGUAUAGGGAAAACGACGUCCGCUAAGUUAGUCAGUCAGAUGCUUGGUUUCCAGACAAUUGAGGUAAAUGCUAGUGACAGUCGUGGGAAAGCUGAUUCCAAGAUUGAAAAGGGAAUUGGUGGAAGCAACGCAAAUUCUAUUAAAGAGCUUGUCAGCAACAAGGCCCUGAGCAUGGAUGGAUUGAAGCAUCCCAAAACUGUGCUAAUUAUGGAUGAGGUUGAUGGGAUGUCUGCUGGAGAUCGGGGAGGAGUUGCUGAUCUUAUUGCUAGCAUAAAGAUUUCUAAAAUUCCUGUUAUCUGCAUUUGUAAUGAUCGUUACAGUCAGAAACUGAAAAGUCUUGUGAACUACUGUUUACUUCUCAGCUUUCGGAAACCUACUAAACAACAGAUGGCAAAGAGGUUGAUGCAAAUUGCAAAUGCUGAAGGACUUAAAGUUAAUGAGAUUGCUCUUGAGGAACUCGCAGAAAAAGUUAAUGGAGACAUGCGAAUGGCAGUUAACCAGUUGCAGUAUAUGAGCCUAUCAAUGUCUGUCAUUAAAUACGAUGAUGUAAGGCAGCGCUUAUUAAGCAGUGCAAAGGAUGAAGAUAUUUCACCAUUCACAGCUGUUGACAAGCUGUUUGGUUUUAAUGCAGGAAAGUUGCGGAUGGAUGAGCGUGUUGACCUGAGCAUGAGUGAUCCUGAUCUAGUCCCUCUUCUUAUCCAGGAAAAUUAUAUCAACUAUAGGCCAAGUUCGGCAGUCAAGGAUGAUAGUGGGAUAAAACGUAUGAACUUGAUUGCCCGUGCCGCUGAGUCUAUUGGCAAUGGGGAUAUUUUCAAUGUACAGAUUAGAAAAUAUCGGCAAUGGCAGCUUUCCCAAAGUGCUUGUCUUUCAUCCUCUAUUUUUCCUGCUGCAUUGUUGCGUGGGCAAAGAGAGACACUUGAGCAGGGAGAAAGGAAUUUUAAUAGAUUUGGAGGGUGGCUGGGAAAGAACUCAACACUUGGAAAAAAUUUGAGGCUCUUGGAAGAUUUGCAUGUCCAUCUUCUCGCUUCUCGUGAAUCUAGUUCGGGGAGGGAAACCCUGCGAGUUGAAUACCUUUCUCUUCUUCUGAAACGAUUGACCGUGCCACUCCGUGAACUUCCAAAGGAUGAAGCUGUACACAAAGUUGUGGAUUUCAUGAAUACUUACUCCAUUAGUCAGGAUGACUUUGAUACUAUUGUGGAGUUAUCCAAAUUUCAGGGGCACCCAAAUCCUCUAGAUGGCAUUCAACCAGCUGUAAAGGCAGCGCUGACAAAAGCUUACAAAGAAGGCAGCAAAACAAGGAUGGUACGAGCUGCAGAUUUUGUCACUUUCCCUGGAAUGAAGAAGGCUCCUAAGAAGCGGAUUGCUGCUAUUUUAGAACCAUCUGUUGAUGUAAUUGGAGAGAACAAUGAUGAUACUUUGGUUGAGAGUGAAGAGGAAAAUUCGUCAGAUACAGAGGACUUGGAAGGUUCUGCGGCUGGUGAGAAGCUGCAACAGGAACUUAAAAGUUUGAAUACAAAAGGAGUGCAUGUACAAUUCGACUUGAAGGGUGCAACAAAUUCAAGUGCAAAGAAGACACCAACGGGCAGGGGUAGAGGUGGUUCAUCUGCCGCAGCUGAGAAAAAAGGCGGCCGAGGUUCAGGGGCUGGUGGAAAGAGAAAGAGAUGAAGGGAGGUGAAAGAAGAGACGUCGCCUUUCCUUCUUCCUGUAUUUGGCACGUUUUAUAAGAAAAUGUAAAUAGAUUUUUCCUCCGCACAUAAACAUUUUUGGUAGGUCACUUGGUGAGGAAUGGUAGGAUCUUCGGUUGUAAUGUUGGUUUACAAGGUUACUGUUGAUACUAUUGAGUUCAACUCCAAGAUUCAUCUUUUUGCCUUUAGUAGCAUUUUAUUUUCAUCAA